AUGAAUUUGGAUUGGAUAAAUGCAAUGUGUUAUGAUUAUCAUGGGUCAUGGGAUGUCAGUUCAACUGGGACCCUAGCUGCGUUAUAUGACCCAAAUAGCAACGUGAGCAGAAGUGACGGGCUAGAAUCAUGGAUCAAGGCUAGGAUCCAUCGAGAAAAGUUGGUGAUGGGGUUGCCAUUAUAUGGUCGGAGAUGGAAACUAAAGAAUCCAUCUGUGCAUGGUAUCGGAGCUCCAGCUGUGGGAUUAAGGCCGGGAAAUGAAGGAGCAAUGCUUUACUCAGAAGUGCAAGAGUUCAAUGCCCAAAGUAAUGCCAAGGUGGUGUUAGACACGCAAACCGUAUCUUAUUAUUCUUUCGCAGGAACCUCUUGGAUUGGAUAUGACGGUGUUAGAUCGCUUCGGAAACAUGGACUCAUUGAAACCCCAUGGAGGGCAAGUGGACCCAGGAAUGAAAUGUGGAUCAUUGAGUUUCUUGUUUGA